GCGCACGUGCGCGCAGAAAAUUGCAAAUUAUGACUGUUGGACCAUGGUUAGACCACGCGGGUUUGAAAAUUUUGACGAGAGGAUUCGGGUAGUUUUUGGCGUCAUUCAUGUCAUUGUUUGAGGGAAAAAAUGGACUUCAGAAUUACUUCGUGCAUUUUCUAUCUUGUGUCAGUCUUCUCAGGUAGUCAGGUUCACAAGCGGCUGGCUGGGAUUACCUGAAUGACUCUGGAAAAGGUCCUGACACUUGGGAGGCAAGUUACGACACAUGUGGGGGCAGUAAACAGUCACCGAUUAAUAUCGAAACGGCCAUGGUGGAGGAGAAAGACUUAGGUGAUUUCACCUUUGUUGGUUUUGGGGAAGACGACAAACCAGUCAAUGCAACAAUGACGGUGUCCAACAACGGCCAUUCUGUUGUAGUUGGUGUCGACGGAGAUUACCAUGUGAGUGGCGCUGGGCUAGGCACCACCGCCUACAAAGCGGUUCAGUUUCAUUUCCACUGGGGCAGCGUGAACAGCCAAGGCUCUGAACACACCAUCGAUGGGAAGGCUUACCCAGGGGAGUUGCACAUUGUUUGCUACAACACAAGUUAUCCAAAUUUCUUCAGUGCUUUGUUUAACGAGGAUGGUCUAACAGUGUUGGGAUUCUUUUUAGAGAUUCAAACAGUGGACAAUCCAGCUCUUACACAGCUAUUUGAUGUCAUUUCUUCGAUUCAAUUCGACGAAGAAGAAGAGGAUCUCUCAAUGCCAGUUGUCUUCAAUAACUUCCUCCCUUCUGACCUGUCCUCAUACUAUCGCUACAGUGGCUCCCUGACCACGCCCCCUUGCUACGAGAUUGUCACAUGGAACGUCUUUACCGAGCCCAUUAUGGUCUCUGAAGCACAGCUAAAUGCACUGCGUAGACAGUACGCCAACAAACACAACGCGGCAGACAACAUCACCCUGACGGACACCUACCGCCCUGUCCAGCCUGUCAACAAUCGCACCGUCUAUAUGACCGACCCCAACGCAGUCACCGAUCACAUGACCACCCUAUCCCCCAACCAAGACAACAUAAACACAGAGAACGUAAACACUCCCACCCCCUCCUACGUAAACACUCCCACCCCCUCCUCUGCCCCAUGCCAAUUUGCAUCCACCUCCUUGGUUGCCUUGGUAAUCAGCAAGGUACUGGCUUCGGUCCUGGAUGACUAAAAAACCAACAUCCCAGAGCAGAUUUCAGUCAUUCUGCCUUGACCUUAAAACUCCCCAUUUCAUUCUCCAAAAUCUAUUAGGAAAAACCUUCCUAACUCCUGCACUGUGCAAGGGCGGAUCCAGAACACAAUUUUAGGGGGGGGGCCAAAAAAAAAAUUUGGUCCCCCCAAA